CAAGAACUGAUCACCAUCCCGAACCUCCAAACCUGCUCACGCGGAUCCAGUCAAACCCUGACAAACCAUUAGAAGCACCGGCAGAUCGUCGGCUGCUAAUAAGAGGCCUCCUUUCUCGACCGGCUACCUCGUCGUGACAGAGAGCCUCGCUCGCUCGCCCUCGCGUCUCGUUUCCUAGGAGAGAACCGGACAACACGAUGGCUUGGGAUAGGAAGGCGCCGCUGGCAGCUGCCCUGGCCACGGCGCUGGUCCUGGGGCUGUGCCGCGGCGACGUGGUGCAGUUCAUCUUCGGCGACUCGCUGUCCGACGUGGGCAACAACAACUACCUGACCAAGAGCCUCGCCCGCGCCGCGCUCCCGUGGUACGGCAUCGACCUCGGCCGCGGCAUGCCCAACGGCAGGUUCUGCAACGGCCGCACCGUCGCCGACAUCGUGGGCGACAAGAUGGGCCUGCCGCGGCCGCCCGCGUUCCUGGACCCGGCGCUGGACGCGGACACCAUCUUCAAGAACGGCGUCAACUACGCCUCCGGCGGCGGCGGCAUCCUCAACGAGACAUCGUCCCUCUUUAUCCAGAGGUUCUCGCUGUACAAGCAGAUCGAGCUGUUCCAGGGCACGCAGGCCUUCAUGCGCGACAAGAUCGGCAAGGCGGCGGCCGACAAGUUCUUCGGCGAGGGGUACUACGUGGUGGCCAUGGGCGCCAACGACUUCAUCAACAACUACCUGCUCCCCGUCUACUCCGACUCGUGGACCUACAACGGCGACACCUUCGUCAAGUACAUGGUCAGCACCCUGGAGGCGCAGCUCAGGCUGCUGCACGCGCUGGGCGCCCGGCGGCUGACCUUCUUCGGGCUCGGACCCAUGGGCUGCAUCCCGCUGCAGCGGUACCUCACGUCCUCCGGCGGCUGCCAGGCGUCCACGAACAAGCUGGCGCGGAGCUUCAACACGCAGGCGGGCGCGCUGCUGGAGCGGCUGUCCACGUCGCUGCCCAACGCCACUUUCCGGUUCGGCGAGGCCUACGACUACUUCCAGGACAUCAUCGACCGGCCCUACAUGUACGGCUUCAACAACUCGCGCGCGCCGUGCUGCACGCUGGGCCGGAUCCGGCCGACGCUCACCUGCACGCCGCUGUCCACGCUGUGUAAGGACCGGAGCAAGUACGUGUUCUGGGACGAGUACCACCCCACGGACAGGGCCAACGAGCUCAUCGCGCUCGAGACGCUCAGGAAACUCAACAUCACCGUCGUCAAUAACGGCACUUCCAGCUAGCCGAAAGCCGCAUGCAUGGCAGAAUACAGUUCUUGGGAUUUUGCGUUUUGUAAUGUAACUGAAGAAAUCUAAGUCACUGGUAAGAAAGCAUCAUAUAUAUGUGCGAAUGUAAUUACAUAUAAAAACGAUUUUGUAUAUAUACGCUAUACGGGGGAAACGGAUCUUUUUGUCUAGUGUCAAAUAA